CGUAGACAAAGCCAGCGCUCCAAGCUCCCGCCAUAAUACCAAAAAGAUUUUCGAGAGAAAAUGUUAGAAGCAAAGAGUUUGAGAAAAGCUGCGAUUUCUCCAGCUCUCGUCCAAAAUCCUUCUCCUGGAAAUCUACAGUCUACUCGUUUUGCUCUUCAUGUUAAUGAAGAUGAAUCUUAUUGUUCCGCAUUUAUAGCUUCAGGACGCAAUAUAUACAAGCUUGAGAUUUCAUUAGAAGAUUCUUCGAUUUCCAAGGGAAAGGAGAGCCUCUUGAUUCCUGUCCCUGCAAAGGUUAUCCGUUCUUCACUGCUUAAAAGUUGCCCCCAUCGUUCAGAAAUUCAAAGUGUGGUGCUUGCUGGAACAGAUUCAUCUUCUGGGAAUGACUGCUUAAUUCUGGGUUCAGUGGAUUGUUAUGGCCAUCUUUUUGUAUCUCGGUUGGUUACAAGUGAUCAAGAUGUUGACAGGAUCACAUAUUCAGUUUUACCUCGUGAUAAUGGUGUAGGGGAGGGAAGUUGGGCAGGGCUUUGCUUCAAUCCAAGCCAAUGGUACAUGGCAGCUGUUGCCCGUAGCUUCUGCAAAAGUGUUGAUGUUUAUGACCAAGAUAUCCACCUAAGGAGUUUCUCCCCCUUGUAUUAUCCAGCUGCAUUGAGCUUCGUGAAAAGUUCAUUUUCUACAAAUGAGGAUUCCAUAUUAGCAGUUGCUGAAGGUUGCCAGCUGAGCAUAUGGGAUUUGAGGGUGAAAGAGAACGGUGGUUGCAUACAGAGAAUCUGUGGCUCUGUGGGAGAUAUCCUUUAUGCUGUUUGUGGUGACUCAGCUGGGAACAUUGCAGUAGGUGGAGCUGAUCGUACUGUAACUGUCUAUGAUCCUCGCAGAUGGUCGGCUUUGGGGAGAUGGGUGAACUGCUCAAAAUACGAGAUAACUGGACUUGCUUUCUCAUCACUCGAACCAAGUCAUAUCUACGUACAAGGUGUUGACUAUGAGGUAUUUUGUGGAAAGUUUAAAGAGAAGGAAAAAGUACUUUCCUUUAAAGGUGACUCAAACUGGCUGGGCUUCAGCAAGUGCUCCAAUAGGGAUGUAGUAGGUGGCUGGACUGAUUCUGGUAGCAUAUUUCUAGCUGAUAUCACAACAAAAGAGAAUGAAUGCUCUGAUAUGGAUCUAGUAGGUGGCUGGACUGAUUCUGAUAGCUAGCAUAUUUCUAGGUGAUAUCACGAUAGAAGAGAAUGAAGUAUGAACUAAACUUAACCCAUGGUAUCCCUUGAUGACUUCUUAAUCUCGUUUUCUUAACCCCACUUUUCCUUUUUAAUGGUUCAAAGAUGCUUAGUGGUUUGAGUCAGUCAAAGUCUCAAGUCAUUUGAUAGAUUCCCAUGGUCCAAAUUCAUCUGUUAUAGCUCUUUAGGCAGAUAAAACAUUGUUAUCAUCUCGUCUUAAAUCGAUAAAUAUUAGUAUUUAUUAAUUGUAAAGAACAUGAAUUCAAUUUUCACAAUUGAACCUUAUCUAUUGAACCAUACCUUCCA